AUGGUAUCUUCAAUGGCUGCCACGUGUUCUCCAACCUCUCUCCAGCUUCGGUUAGCCAUGGCUUGCCAUAACUGUAGAAAAUCACCUGCAACGCUAACACGGCCUUGGAUGAGGAAGAAGGAGGUAGAUAGUACCCUUCGCUUACUCUUUCUGGCUCAAAAUGAACGGCGUCGUAAUGGAGGUUCGUGGGUCGGGUCAAGUUCGUCUGCGGAUAGCUUUGCUGGAUGGUCUGAUUCGGAUAAUGGUAGUGAUCAGUCUACUGAGCAUCAGAGGAAGAAAUGGCUUGAAGGGAUUGUGGGAGCUGGAGUAGCUGGGGUUCUCCUAUUUGCAGGGCUUACCUUUGCAGCAUUGUCAUUAAGCAAGCGGAGCACUUCCAGACCAAAACAACAGAUGGAGUCAUUCACAAGUCAGCAGGAAGUUUCAUUGGCCUCUGACAAGGAGGAUGAUAAAGUUGAAGAGAGUAAAAAUGAGGAAAGCAAUGAUAGUGAUCUGGAAAGCAAGACAGAACUUAAUGAAGAACCCAGUGAAAAUAAACUUGGUGACAAUAAAGAGACCUCAACUGUAGACAAUGUCGAUUAUGCUACUAGGGUCAGUGAUACUGGUAAUAAUGAUUAUGUUCAAGAAGAUUUGCAAUAUGAAUCAAGUUCUGAUGAUAAGUCUGUUGCUCCUGAAACAACACCCAGCUCAGAGAAUUUGCCCAGUUCUGAAAUUGAUGCAAGUUCCGCUGUAUCAACUUUUGAAAUAGAACAAGACCCUGUAAGUGUAGAUCCUAGCAACGUAUCAGAUAUAACAAAUCUUAACACAGACCACCAGAGUGAAUUGCCUGUGUCAAAGGUAAAUGAGAACUUUGAUCCUUCAUUGAAUUCUUCUACUCCCACCAGUCGUGAACCCAGUGAGCCUGUGGGUGUGAAUAUUUCAGACAGUUCACCCAUGGAUACAAGUUCAGAACCUCAAAUUGUUCCCAAAGAUGAUAUUGAGACUGUAGCCUCACUUGUAACCAAAGAAAAUCUUGAUCUGAGCAAUACAACUCAGGACAAAGCUGAGAGAAAUAGUUCUUCCCUGGAAGUGAAUUAUGUAGCUGAAAGUGAUUCCUUGGAAACAGUGUCUGAGUCAGCUUCAGUCAAUCCAUUUGCAAACAAAAAAGAAAUUGCCAAUAAUGAGAUGAAGGAAAGCAAGCCAUUUUUUGAACCAUCAACUCCUGAAAUUUCUUUCUCCUCUGCUGGUAUACCUGCUCCAUGUGCAGUCUCUGCAGCCUUGCAGGUGCUUCCUGGAAAGGUUCUAGUUCCUGCAGUUGUUGAUCAGCUUCAGGGGCAGGCGUUAGCUGCACUGCAAGUUUUGAAGGUUAUUGAGGCUGAUGUUCAACCUGGUGAUCUAUGUACACGCCGUGAAUAUGCUCGUUGGUUAGUGGCUGCUAGCAGUGCUCUUUCAAGGAGCACGGUGUCAAAAGUAUAUCCUGCGAUGUACAUAGAGAAUGUCACUGAACUUGCAUUUGAUGAUAUCACACCUGAUGACCCUGAUUUUUCAUCCAUUCAAGGCUUAGCUGAAGCAGGACUUAUCUCAAGCAAGCUUUCAAGUCGUGAUUUGCUUUCUUCUUCAGUUGAAAGCCAAGGUCCAUUUUACUUUGCUGCUGAAAGCCCUUUAUCACGCCAGGACCUUGUAAGUUGGAAGAUGGCCCUUGAUAAAAGUCAACUUCCAGAAGCUGAUAAAAAGAUGCUGUACGAGCUUUCUGGGUUUAGAGACAUUGACAAGAUAAACCCAGAUGCUUGGCCUGCACUUGUGGCUGACUUGUCUGCAGGAGAUCAAGGAAUUAUAUCACUUGCAUUUGGUUGCACAAGAUUGUUUCAGCCCAAUAAACCUGUCACAAAGGCGCAAGCUGCUGUUGCUAUUGCAACUGGUGAGGCUUCUGACCUAGUUAGUGAGGAGCUUGCACGUAUUGAAGCAGAAUCUGUGGCAGAAAAUGCAGUUUCUGCACACAAUGCUUUAGUAGCUCAAGUCGAACAGGAUAUAAAUGCAAGUUUUGAGAAGGAGCUUUCAAUGGAGAGGGAAAAGAUUAAUGCUGUAGAGAAAAUGGCUGAAGAGGCAAGGUGUGAAUUAGAAAGGUUAAGAGCUGAGAGGGAGAAGGAUGGUAUUGCAUUGAUGAAGGAGCACGCUGCUAUUGAAUCUGAAAUGGAAGUUCUUUCCAAGUUAAGGCGUGAAUUGGAGGAGCAGUUGCAAAACCUUUUGAGCAACAAGGUGGAGAUAUCUUAUGAAAAGGAAAGGAUUAGCAAACUUCAAAAAGAAGCAGAGAAUGAAAAGCAGGAGAUCUCUAGCUUACAGCAUGACCUAGAGGUUGAGCGGAAAGCCUUGUCUAUUGCCAGGGCUUGGGCUGAAGAUGAGGCAAAAAGAGCAAGAGAGCAGGCAAAAGCCCUUGAAGAGGCUAGAUAUCGGUGGGAGAAGCAUGGCAUCAAGGUGGUCGUUGACAGCGAUCUUAAUGAAGAGAGUUCUAUUGGAGUUACAUGGCUGACUGCUGCAAAGCAAGUCACUUCUAUUGAAGGAACUGUUAACAGGGCUGAGAACUUGGUGAACAGGCUCAAGCUAAUGGCAGAUAGCGUUAGAGGUAAAUCUCGAGUAGUAAUUGAUAAAAUCAUACAGAAGAUACAGGUCUUAAUCUCAGUUCUGAGGGAGUGGAUCACAGAGGCAUGUGUACGGACCACAGAACUUAAAGAAGCCACCAUCUCAAAGACACGGGCAUCGAUGCAAGAGUUGCAGCAGAACACAACUGAAUUUAGUUUUGCCAUCAAGGAGAAGGCAGUAGGAUCAAUGCAAGAGUUGCAGAAACAUACUACAGAAUUUAGUUCGGCUGUCAAGGAAAGCACAAAGCGGGUGGCAGAAGAUUGCAGGGAAGGAGUAGAGAAACUCACACAGAAGUUCAAAUCAUGA